AUGGACAUCCCACUCUCGAGCGACGCGCUCGAUCUCACGUUCCACCCCUCCUCCUCCACCAACCUGCUCGCCGUCGGCCUCAUCUCUGGCAAGAUCCAACUCAUCGACUACUCCGACUACCUCUCCUCCCCUUCCUCCUCACGCACACCCGCACAACCACCACUCAAAAGAUUCAAGACCACCUCUUCCCCUCUCACUUCGGAAACCUCGCCGACGCCGAAACUCUAUCGAAAAGUAUACACCUCACGUCCCAGCAAGAAAUCAUGUCGAGGCUUGCACUUCUCCACCACCGGCACCAGCAUCUUCUCUGUCUCCAAGGACAAGUCCCUCUACUCGACCGAUACCGAGACGGGCAAAGUGGUGCAGAGCUGGGACGAGGUGCACGAGGCGGCUCCGAGUCGGGUUUUGCCGGUGGAUGAGAAUCUGGUUGUCACGGGUGAUGAUGAAGGGGUGGUGCGGCUUUGGGAUGUCAGGAAGGAGAGUGGGAGGGGGGUGAAACCGGUUAGGCAGUGGGAACAUCAUUUCGACUGGAUUACGGAUAUGGUCUACCUUCCGGAACUGCCCGUGCCCAAGCGGGAGAGGAAGAACGAAGUGAAAAAGUCGAAACUCCAACUCAAAAAGCAGAGGAGGAGAGAGAGACAAGCUGCGCUACUUAAAGAACAAUCCGCCAAAAACGACGACGACGACGAUGACGAUUCGGACGACGAUUCGGAUGAGCCGGACAAAGUUGAAAGUAGAUCCAGACUCAUCGUCACCUCCGGCGACGGAUCGCUCAGCAGCAUCGACCUGCUCACCUCCGGUCCAACCUCGUUCGAACAAUCCGAAGACCAGGAGGACGAGCUGCUGUCCAUCACCUCCAUCCGCUCCUCCACCAAGCUCGUCGUCGGCACCCAACUCGGCAUCCUCUCGCUGUGGACCCCCUCCCGAGGUCUGCUCGACCACGUCGAUCGUGUUCCCGGUCACCCCGCUAGCGUCGACACCCUCGUCACCCUCGACAGCGAAACCGUCCUCACAGGCAGUUCCGACGGUCUCGUCCGAGUCGUCCAGAUCCUUCCGUCCAAAUUGUUGGGUGUGAUCGCAAGUCACGAUGGCUUGCCCGUGGAGAGGAUGAAGAGGAAGGAGAGCGUGUUGGCGAGUAUUGGGCAUAGCAAUUCGGUCAAAUUGACCGAUCUGACGCCCUUGCUGGAGGAUGAGGAGGAUGGAGAUAGCGAGGGAGAGGGGAGUGCGUUGGGCAUUGUCGGUUUGGCAAGCGAUGAUCAGGAUAGUGAUGAUGAGGAGGACGACGAGGAAGAGGAGCAAGACGGAGACGAGCAGGAUGACGUUGUGGUUGGACUUGAUCAGGACGAUCAAGACGACGAUGAUGAUGAUGAUGACGUUGAGGAAGGGGACCAAGAUAGCGAUUCUGAGGACGUCGCUCCGUCUAAAAAGAAGGCUGCAAAGGGAGGAUUUUUCUCCGAUCUCUGA